AUGAAGAAGAAAAUCCCUCUAAAGAAUACAUGUUCGCCUCGUCGACUUGCUAGCCCACUCACGGCCCACACAGAAGCAGUUCCACCAGCUAAUUUGUCAGCCUGCUCAUUGCCGUCUUUAAUUGAACAAAUCGUGGGUCGUCGACAGCGUAAAAUUUGUAGGUUUAUCGAUAGUAAAAAGUUCAGCAACAAAGAUCGAUGCUUGAUUCGGCAGUCUGAAAUUCAGUUCAUUCAGUCAACCAUACACCUGCUCCUGCACUUACGAUGGUUAGAGACAGCGGUAGUGUUCACCAACAACUUGACCGUAGUUACAAUGAGUGAAGUUCCUGCAGAAGGGGAAGGAGGUGCGCGUCGGAGGGGCACGUACGGGCGCGUGGUGCGCGUGAGCUACAAGGGGAAGGAGUGCGCCCUCAAGCUGGCCGCCCCCGACUCACAGGUGACGUUCCAGCACGAGUUGGAGAUGCUGAAGCGAUUGCAGGGCGCGGGAGGAGCGCCCGUGCCCCUGGCGUACAGCGAGGAGCCCUCGCGGCUCCUCAUGACGUACCUGGGCAAGGAGACCCUGGCCGACGUCCUGAGUGCGCGGCGUAGCCCGAAGCAGCUCCUCCAGGUGAGCCUGAAGCUGGUGGAGGCCGUGGCGGCCGUGCACGCCGCCGGGAUCGUCCACUGCGACUUGAAGCCGACCAACGUGAUGGUUCAGCUGCGCGGCGCAGGAGGAGCGCCGACUGUGCACGUGAUCGACUUCGGGCUGGCACUGCCGGUGGGCCAGUGCCACCCGAAGAGCAGCCAAGGACGGCACUCGUGGUACUGCGCAUGCGUGCACGAAGGCACGGCGGUGACGUCUAAGUGCGACGUGGUGAGCGUGGGGGUGAUUCUGCAGUUCGUGUCGGAGAGCAUGCUGAAGGCGCCGCCGGCGGCCCUGCAGGCGCGCUGCGGAGCGAGCGCAGCGCCCCCGAGCACGACCAGCGCCCCACGGUCCAGGAGAUCGCCGAGGCGCUCGAGACAUGCUGCGCCUCUGCCACUGAUCGCCGUCGGGCGUCGGCGAGGGAGCGUCGGGCGCCAGCGCAGAUCGGAUUUGUAA